AAGCGACGACAACCACGACAACCCGGACGACUUUUGCGGGUCAUACCUCCCUUCCUUCGACUUUUUGCGUUGCCCGCUGCUGCUCAGAGAAACGCCGUCAGAAUGCCUUCGGAACAAGGUCACAGACUCUAUGUCAAGGGUCGCCACGUGAGCUACCAGCGCUCCAAGCGUACCGUCAACCCCAACACCAGUCUGAUCAAGAUCGACGGUGUUGAGAGCACUGAGGCCGCAAACUUCUACCUGGGCAAGAAGGUUGCUUUCGUCUACCGGGCCAAGCGUGAGGUCCGGGGCUCCAACAUCCGGGUCAUCUGGGGCAAGGUUACCCGUCCCCACGGUAACUCCGGUGUUGUCCGUGCUCAGUUCCGCCACAACCUCCCCCCCAAGACCUUCGGUGCUACCGUCCGUGUUAUGCUGUACCCCUCCAACAUCUAAAUGACGCCCCUUUUGUUACGUUAGUUGGCAACUCCGGAUUCUACGCGCAGACGGUCGGGCAAGGAGUCGACGGAAUGAGCCGAAAGUUGAGAUGGAGUUG